GUUAGAAUUGAGUUCGUCACAACUCUCAACCGGGGACGAGUUCUACAACCGGUUCAACGAUGAGAUCUUCAAAGCUCUCGGACCUGUCGUGGGCAGAGCUGCGCGAGCAGGCUCGGUGCAUCAGCCGUCGUUGUAGCUCCGAGGAGCUGCCGACCGCGCAAGUAGAAACGGUCACCAGAGCUGGCGAUAGCGAGCGCCCACCACCGUUGAUCGAGGCCGACCCGUGUGCUGACGAGCGCCGACCCGAGCCGCGCACCGUGACAGUUGACGCCGGCGAGGAGCAUGCACCCAGCGAACCAGCGUCGACCCUCUCGCUGCACUCGAUGGCUGGAUUGUCCUCCCCGGGUACUCUCCACUUCAAGGCUCAAGUCGAAGAGCAGCUGGCCAUUGAGGAGACACCAGCCGCAACAACCAUAACUGUCACCAUGACAGAACCGCAGCAUCCAAUACGGGGUGACUAGAAAGCACCAUCAACCGCUGUCAUUAUCCCAAUGACGAACACAGCUAUCGCAGUACGAGAAGUUGUCUCAUAGCCAAUCCUGCCGUGUCCAGCAGCAACCGCCGCCACCAAUGAAGCUCAAAAAAUUGC